GGCGGCCGUGCCGUGGUGCCAGGCGGUGGGACGCGACGACGGUGACGGUGAGCGGCAGGCGUGGCUCGUCGCAGAUCCACGAGGCGAGGGACGGCGACGCACCUCGCGAGUCGCGACCCUGUCUCCGCCCAGCAGCGAUGCCGGUGAGGCGGCGGCAGCCGCGGCGACAGGAGACGGGUGCGGCGGAGAGGUACAGGGGGAUGGGGAUCGCGGCGGCGCUGUUGCGGCCCUGGGACUACCCCACGGCCUGCGGCGAGCUGGCCGCGCUCCUGCGAAUCGGGUACGCCGAGAUUCCCAAGGCAGCCCAGGCGCUCGUUGCCUCCGACGUGCUGCUCGCGUUGCGCCUCCUUCCCGAUGUGCAGACAGGGUAUGCACUAAGCGCAGCUAACACUCUUCUCCAGGCGGUAGAAGUUGCCCUACCAAAGCAAAAGAAGGCACAGGCUGUUUCAGAGUUCAAGCACUCUGUUAUUGCACAUAAAAGGCGUGCGAGAGUUCAACAAAAUUCAGGUUUACCACACAUACCACAUGAUGUACUUGUUCAUAUCUUCACUUUUCUUGACAUGCAUUCUUUGGUGGCAACGGGUCUUGUCUGCUGGUCUUGGAAUUCGGCUGCAAAUGACAACAACCUGUGGAAGAUGCAUUACUCCCUUUUCUUUGGUCUCUGCCGUUUGAGAUGCAACAGCAUUCCUGUAUCUGGUGUACAGAAAAGUCGUGAUCUUGUUCAAAGUAGCAUUGACUCGGUGUCCAUUGAUCCAAAUUUUUGGUGGAAAGAGUCCUUCCACAGUAAAUAUGCAGAAUGUGCGUCAUGGAAAUUUGCAUCAAAUAGAGCACUAUGUGGGCAAUGCAGAUCAGUUAUUUGGCUAAGCAACCUGACAUGUGCUGCUCCACACCAUUGCCCUAGGAAUGGAAGAGAUGAAGUAAAAUUGCGACCUCUGUUACCUGAUACAGUUGCUAAAUACAUAUUGCACCAUGAUGACCUAGCAGCUUCAUCAUCAUCCGAAAGUGAUGACACAGAUGAUUCCGACUACGAGAAUGGGCACCCAAGAUUUUGGACAUUUUAAGACAAAAUAAAAUUUGGACUGUGGCAGUUAUGUCUUCACUUUCUGUUAUUUUGCUGUAUGUAGUGUACCUCCUGUUGUAGUAGUUGCAAGCUUUCAUAAUCCUAUAAGAUGACUCGUAAGUGAAAAUUACACAUUGUAAAGUAAUCACAUCGUGUGUGGUGACCUUACCCAAAAAAUGGGAAAUUAAAUUCGUGGGCGCCUGUGAAAAAUCACAA